GCUAGAUUGACAGACGUUAUGUUUUGAUGUUUUCAGAUACGCAAGGCAUUGCCCGAAUGUGUUACGGAGAUUUCCAUAUGAACACAUUAUUCCCGUUUUUAUGUGCUUAAGUUGACAACAGAUUGGGAGGUUUGAUCAUGCAUUAACCCUUGCAUUCAUCCCUGAAAUACAAUGGAAACGAUUUUCUUUGGAAGUGGGGUGUCUAAAAGUGUAGCCAAGGGGGUCAUCAUCUUAUGCACCUUGGCAAUAAGUUCACUGAUAAUUAGCCAUACAAUAUCACAGUACAUCCAAGAUGAUGAGAAUGCUUCACACAUGCCUAACAUUAUAUUGAUUGUUACUGAUGAUCAAGACAUGCUACUUCAGGGCAUGGAACCCAUGACAUUCACCAAGACAUUCUUUGAAACUGGUGGGAUCACAUUCAAAAAUGGUUUCGUCUCCACGCCGGUGUGCUGUCCGAGCCGAGCCUCUAUGCUGACCGGCCGGUACCAGCACAACACGCGCGUCAUCAACAACACCCUGCGGGGCAACUGCUGCGGCAGCGACUGGCGGCACGGCGCGGAGCGGCGCACGGUCGCCGCUCACCUCCGCCGGCGCGGCUACCACACAUUUUACGCUGGCAAAUACCUCAACCAGUACGGCCUCCCGUCAGCGGGCGGAGUGCAGCACGUGCCGCCCGGCUGGGACUGGUGGGUCGGCUUGGUCGGCAACUCGCGCUACUAUAACUACACUCUCUCGGUGAACGGCACGGCGCGCCGCCACGGCGACAGCUACGCCGACGACUACUUCACGGACGUCAUCGUGAGUGCGCGGCCCGGAGCCGAGAGGCGGCUGUGGCGCAGUUGGAAAAACGGCGGACUUAGACAAGCGCACGCCGCCCUCUUCCCGACGGCCGCCGCGCCGCGCACGGCCAGCUUCAACGUGCGGCCCCAGGACAAGCACCAGCUGCUGGCCGAGCUGCCGGCGCCGCUGCCGCCGCCGCUGCUGGCCGAGCUGGAUGACGUGUUCCGGAACCGGUGGCGCACGCUGGUCUCUGUGGACGAGAUGGUGUCGGCUCUGGUGCAAGAGCUGCGCCGGCUCCGGCUGCUGGACAACACCCACCUGUUGUUCACCUCCGACCACGGCUUCCACCUGGGCCAGUUCUCGCUGACGGUGGACAAGCGACAGCCGUACGAGUUUGACCUGCGCGUGCCGCUGUACGUGCGCGGCCCCCGGCUGCCGGCUGGCCGCACCGUGCUGGCUCCGGUGAGCAUGGUCGACCUGGCGCCGACCGUGCUGGAGCUGGCCGGCCUGAAGCCAGAGCCCGACAUGGACGGCGUCUCCCUGCUGCAGACGCUGGCGGCCGAUCGCCGCUCCGCCCUGCUGGUCAGCUACAGCGGCGAGUACGACAAGGCCGUGGCGCCGGCCUGCGCCUUCCGCGGCCGCAACGUCUCGCACUGUUACGAGCGGUUUGCGUGCAAGUGCCUGGACUCCAGGGACAACACGUACCGCUGCAUCCGAGAGAUGACCGCGGACGCAGACCGCGUCGUCUGCUUUUUUCCCGAUGAGGAGUUCUGGGAGGUGUACGACUUGACCGCUGACCCGAACCAGCUGGUGAACCUAGCGUCGGCCAUGUCGGCGGCGGAGAAGGCCAGGUGGCGCCGCCGUCUUUCGGCUGCCGUCCGAUGCCGCGGCGCCGCCUGCCGCCACAUCUAG